AUGACAGAGGCUGUGGCUGUCCAGCAUGUCCUGGCGACAAUCAGGGCGGCUCUGGUGGUCACAGCAAGCGAACGGGAGCCGGCGGAGGCGCUCCUGCGCUCGUGGGAGGCUGACGCGCAGCCGGGCUUCUUGCUGAGCCUUCUGCGUAUCACCGAAGAGACGGCGGCUGUCGAAGAGGCGACGCGCCUGCUUGCAGCGGUGAUCGCCAAGAACGUUGUGGGCAGUAGCUGGCGCAAGACGCUGGGGACUCGCGAAUGGAGCCGCGUGCCCGCGGAGGAGAAGGCGUUGGUGCGGGAGUCGGCGCUGCGCCUGCUGCUCGCCGAUCCUUGCGAGAGGGUGAGCGUCCAGAUGGCGCUGCUGCUGCGCAACAUCUGCCAGUUCGACUUCCCGGGACUCUGGCAGAACCCCAUUGACGCACUGCUCACAGCCGCCGGCUGCGUCGACCCCACGAGCGGCAACCAGCUGCCGCCGGAGCGCGGGUUGCGGGCUCUCAAGGCGCUCAAGCAGGUGCUGCGCGGCCUGCAGACCAAGCGCUUCGUUGCGGACGCCACAGCGCCUGGAACACCGUUCACGGUUGUGACAGAGCGCCUCAACGCCGAGCGCAAGCUGUUCAAGGAGCGGCUGCUGGUGGCGGUGGCGCCGCUGCACGCGCUGCUGGCGCGCCACAUGCAGGCCUUCAUGACGUGUGCGGAGGGCUGGCAGCUGCAUGGGCAGUUUGCUCGCGCCGCAGCGGCCAGCUGCACGGAGCUGACACUGCUGCUGCCCAGCCGCGAGUCCCUGCCGGGCGGCGAUGCGGCGGCUACAAGCCUGCUGGAGGGCGUUCACACGGCCUGCGGCGCCCUUAUGCGCGGCCAGCCAUUAGGAGGAGACCCUGGCGGCCCAGGCGCGCUGACGGCUUGGGCCGAGCUGGGUGGCAAGCUGCACGAACGGCUGGCUGCCAUGGUGACGGCCCACAUGGCGGCGUGCCCCCUGCCGUUUGGGCCCCUUCUGCCCCACUUUCUGGGGCUCUUUGUGGGCAGCGCGCUCGUGGCGGCCGGGGCUGAAGCGCUGCGGGCCAUGCGGCCAAAAAGGCGCGUCCUUCUCGUGCGCUUUAUCGCCAAGGCGCUGCUGUGCCCCUACUACCGUGCCGAGUGGCUGGAAGUCAACGGCGGCCAGGUGCCACUCAAUGCAGCCACAUCCGGCGAGGUGGACAAAGCACGCACCGCGCAUGAUGCGCUGAGUGCCAUGCUGGCGCCUCCACAGGUGGCCCCUCUUGUGGAAGCACUGGUGGCCAAGUACGUGGCGCUGUCACCGGAUGAGCUUGAGGAGUGGCAGAGCGACCCUGAGGGAUCGCUGGAGCUGGAGGCGGCACCUGAUGCAGACACGCCCCGCCCCGUGGGCGUGGGCCUGCUGCUCUGCAUGCUGGAGCGCGGUGGCGAGGGACCUGGUCGCGCCCUCAUAGACCUCGCCGCGCGCCUCCAGAGCCAAGGUGACGGUGCCCCGCCGGAUGUGCUGCUCAUGCGUGAGGCCUGCUACAGGGCCAUCGGUGAGGGCUUCCCCCACGUGUCCGCCUUCAUCAGCUUCGCCAGCUGGUACAGCGCCGAGAUCGCGCCACAGCUGCGCGACAGGCUGGCUGCGUUCAAGGCUCAAGGCGGUGCCAGCACCAUCAUGGCCGUGUUGCAGGCACGCGCCCUGUGGCUAGUAGGGGCAUGCUGCGGCGAGUUGCCGCAGCAGCAGUGGGUGGAGGCUUACGGCCUUUGCGUGGCCCACAUGGCCGCCACAGACCUUGUGGUGGCGCUGCAGGCGGUGCAGGCUGUGAUGAUGAUGACCGCGGCGCUGCUGGACGACCAGGCCGUCCUCGACCAGGCCAAUGCUGCGCAGCUGCAGGCUUCCAAGCAGGCGGCGCGCGGUGGUGCUGGUGCCGUCGACGCCGCACUCAGCGCAGCAGAGGCGCUGGACCAGGAGGCUGUUGUGGCUGCACGCGAGCGGCUGCAAUGGCGCGGCGAGGCGCUGCAGGCGCUGCUGUCACAGCUGCUGUCCAGUUGCUUUGGGCUGCUAGGCCGCUUGUCUGAGGCUGAGUCACGGGUGCGGCUGCUGCAGCUAGUGAGCGUUGUGGCCGAGGCUGCUGGCGAGGCGCUGCGGCCGCACCUUGGCGCGCUGGCGGCUGCACUGCCGCAAGUGUGGGAGGCGGCCACGGCGACCGCGCGGCGGCCCGAUGCCGACACGGGCAGCGUGGCCCGCCUGCACAGCGCGCUGAUGGCGGUGCUGACGCACCUGGUGGGCAAGCUGCGCGGCGCUGCGCUGGAGGACGCGGGGGUGCAGGGCGUGCUGUACCCUCUGCUGCAGUACGCCACCGACCCCGGGUCAUCGGAGGCCGACGUGCUGCUGGAGGAGGCGCUGAAGCUGUGGGCCGUGGUGCAGGGCGCGCAGCCCACCGUCAGCCAGCAGCUGGUCAACCUGCUGCCGCGCAUGGCGGCGUUGCUACAUCGCGGCCGCGACAACACGGCGGCAUUCCAGCUCAUCGAGGGGUACCUGCUGCUGGGGGGCGGCGCAGCGCUGCAACCAUACGGCGAGGGAAUCGCUGCGGCACUGGCCGCUGCCCUGCGCAGCGUGUCGCGCACCGUGGCCGAGGCCUGCGCGCCGCAGCAGGCGCCGCCGCAGCAGCAGCAGCCGAAUGCGCAGGAGCCGCAUAUACCGCAGCAGCAGCAGCAGCAGCAGCAGCAGCAUCGCGGGCAGGGCAGCCAGCGAGGCCCUCUGGCCAGCGAAGUCACGCAGGAAGGCCUCGCGGCAGCAGCCCUUGUGGACGUAUUCCUACAGCUGUACCCGUCUGACGUGUCGACGCUGCUGGCGGGCUCCUUCACGUCGAUGGCGCAGCUCAUCGCCGACUCGCGCGUCCCCACCGCCGGGGUGCAGAUGAAAGCGCACAAUGUGAUGGAGGGCUUCCUGGAGGUGCUCGGCAGGUGA